UACUUUGCCAUUCCCCCUACUCCAAGCCACCUCUCAUCUCUGCCUGCCAAGAAUCGCCAGCUUAUCACACACAGUAGCUCCAUGAGGCCGCCGGCAACAAGUGCGUCCAAGCCCACGCCGACGUCGCCGUUUGCGCCGCCACCGGCGGCUGCGGCUCUGCCGUCCUCGCCGUGGCACUCGCCGGUGCCGUACCUGUUCGGCGGGCUGGCCGCCAUGCUGGCCCUCAUCACGCUCGCGCUCCUCAUCCUCGCCUGCUCCUACUGGAAGCUCAACAACUACCUCGGCACCGGCAACGACGCCGCUGCCGCCGCCUCUGCUCAAGGCGCCACGGACGGCGACGGCGGCUCCAAGUCCCCCGCCGCCGCAGCCGCGGCCUUCGCCGACCUCGUCGCCGUCGUCAUGGCCGGGGAGAAGACGCCCACUUUCUUGGCCGCGCCGAUCGUCCGCCGAGCGCGCGACGACACGGCCGCUGGAGAAGAAGGAUCGCCGGAGACGGAGGAUCAGGAGAAGCACCGCGGCAUGGCCGGGGAUGGGGAGAGCGGCGCGGUCGCCGACGAUACCGAGCAUGACCGGCAGCUAGAUCACGUGUGAACUGUGUGAAAGGGGCAGAGAGAGAGAGAGAGAGUUUCAGGGCGGUUUGUGAUAAACAACUUUCGCUGGAAUCUCUUUCCCUAAAUUUUGUUUGUUUAUUGAUUUCUCGGCUGGAAUGUCAAAUGUGUAAAUAAUUUGGUGAGAAUUCAGAUGAAGAAAAAUCGCAUGACUAGUGAGAGGAAAUUCAUUGGGCUCAUUUUGUAGUUCUACAACUUCGACUUCUAAUAAUAUCGUUAAUUAUUCUUCA